CUAAAACUCAGUACUUCCAAGGAUCACAAGCAACAGCUGGAGCCAUCCUCGUACUUGGCUAUUACACUCGACGUAAGAAUUUAUAAUAGACAGUGGAUAGCCAACGGUGAAGGCAAUAUAUCAGGCUGAAACCGUCAACAUCACUACAACGUCAUUGUGAAUUAAUCUUGGUGUAGAAAAGCAAAGUCGAACACAAUAUAGGAACUUGUUGUCUCGAUAUGCUUUUCACCCGGCGAUUUUUUUUUUCGCGCAUGGGAUGGUCUUCGCCUAAAACGGCUUCCCUGCAUACCUUUUAGUGCCAUCCACCAGAUCCAGAGUACACAUCCCGAUGUUCCACCGGGCGUGUUUUCCUUCUGCCCUUCACAACGCAUUUCCAUGCCUGUGUUUCCCACGAACUGAUGCUCUCCUCAUCAUGCGGUCUCUAUCUUCACUGGGAGUUUUGCAUCCCGAGUUGCUCACGCCACAAUCCACACCUGUUGCAUAUUGGCUAACGUCCCUUUUAAAAUUCACAAGGUUUGUAGCUGUUAUGGAGCAGGCAGCGUACCCGCCUGAUACACGAAAAGUGCAUGGUGUUUCAAACAUUUCCAUUACUCUACAUGUUCUACACCAUAGGUUCUACACUGCUAUGGAUAGGGGACGUCAAUACUCCCCUGUCCUUUAG